CAUGUUCCACAGGACUGUUGGUGACUUUGUGGGCGAUCGAUCGCUUAGGAAGGAGGAAGACCAUGGCCUUGUGUUUCCUUGUCUUCUCUCUGUGCAUCAUUCCGCUCUAUGGUUGUGUGGGGAGAGCGCCCAUGACAGUGCUGAUAUUCAUUGCCAGAGCUUUCAUCGCUGGGGGAUUCCAGGCUGCCUAUGUGUAUACUCCAGAGAUGUAAAUCUUUUUCAAAUGUUCAAUGGAGAAGUUUGUGCAUGAAUGCCCGUGCACUGAUGACCCCGAAAUAAGUCGAUCGAAGAAGUUGAAAAGGGGGGAAGGUAAAGGGGACGAACAGUUGGUGGAUGCUGAGGACGAGGAAUUUUCUGAUCCUGUUCCCUGGCAGAAAAUAGAGUCAGAAAGUCUUGACUGUGACUAUGCUUUGCUCUUCACCAAGGAGGAAGCUGACCACCUUUUCCAAAAGCUGGAGGAGGAGGUGAUCUACUCAACAGGGGAAGAAGCAAAGGUGCAGGUGUUUGGAAAGGUGUAUGACAUACCCAGGAAACAGGCAACAUAUGGAGAUACAGGAUUAACAUACACUUAUUCUGGAGUGACACGUUUAGCCUGCCCAUGGACACCCACCCUGGAAUAUAUUCGGGAUUCUGUCGCCAAAAUAACAGGACACACGUUCAAUUUUGUCCUGAUCAACAGGUACAAAGAUGGCCAGGAUCACAUGGGCGAGCAUCGCGAUGACGAGAGGGAGCUAGACCCUCUGUCCCCCAUAGCCUCGGUCUCGCUCGGCGCCGCACGAGAUUUCAUUUUCCGCCACGGGGACGCCCGAGGGAAACGGAGCGGUCGGCGCGUGGAGCCCGUCAAGCUGGUGCUGGCCCACGGAAGCCUGCUCCUCGUGAACUCGCCCACCAACUCUUUCUGGUAUCACAGCCUUCCCGUUCGAAAGAAAGUCCUCCUGCCUCGCAUUAACCUCACAUUCAGACGCAUCCUGUCCACCAGCAAAAAAUAAACACCAUCACAUCCUUGC